UGACCAGGAUUUGACAUUUAUUUUAUCAGAUUUUUCAAUGACACUCAAACAACUUCACAAACAAUUUUCUCGAAAAAUUGUGACACAAAACCAGUGGUUGUUGAUACAAAAAUCUUACAAACCACAUACUGUACGAUGUACUCUUUCUAAGGGUUACAUGUUAUAUGAUAUUUAUGUGUUUGUCCUUGAGCUAUGAAGAUGAGUCUGUGAGUGUAGGUCGGUGUAUCAUGGCUUUUAUGAAUUUAUGAAUGUGCGGUCUUUGAGACAACAACUCUCCUCUUGGAACUGGUCCUGAAAAGUUGUUCUUAUAGGAGUGUUUAUAUCUGGACAUACACACACGUACUCACCAGCGCUCCUGUGCUGUAUCGUAUUGUUUGGUAUGACAGUGUGGUAUUAUUUUAGGCUUUGUGAUGGCCUGUAUUGUUCCCCAGUGGGGUCUUUUGUGUUGGAGGGCUAUGGUGACGCUGCAGGGGCAGGUUUGUGCUGACGCUGGCCUGUAGGGAUGACAGAGCCUGAUAUGGCCGUAUGACUGGUCCAGAGAGUCAGCAGCAAAGCAGCUCAGAGAUGGAGUAGGACCUGUGCACGUACACACUCUCUCAUACACAUUCUUAAUAACAGUUUGUUCAUCCAACUGAAGCGCAGCCAUGCAGGAAUCUCCUGGCUCUAUUGGUGUGGAUGGAGGUUAUGCCAGUAAUGUGCCUGCCUUCCUCACCAAACUGUGGACCCUGGUCGAGGACCCGGACACCAACCAUCUCAUCUGCUGGAGUGCUACUGGAACCAGCUUCCAUGUUUUUGACCAGGGCAGGUUUGCCAAGGAGGUGCUGCCAAAGUACUUCAAACAUAACAACAUGGCCAGCUUUGUCCGUCAGCUCAACAUGUAUGGCUUCAGGAAGGUGGUGAACAUAGAGCAGAGUGGCCUGGUGAAGCCAGAGCGAGACGACACAGAGUUCCAGCACCUCUACUUCCUGCAAGGCCACGAACACUUGCUGGAGCACAUCAAGAGGAAGGUCUCAAUUGUGAAAAGUGAAGAGACUAAAGUACGACAGGAGGACUUGAGUAAGCUGCUGUAUGAGGUGCAGAUGCUGCGCAGUCAACAAGAGAACAUGGAGUGUCAGAUGCAAGACAUGAAACAGCAGAAUGAGGUGCUGUGGAGAGAGGUGGUCUCACUGAGACAGAACCACACCCAGCAGCAGAAAGUCAUGAACAAGCUGAUUCAGUUCCUAUUCAGCCAGAUGCAAUCAAACACACCCAGCACUGUAGGAAUGAAGAGAAAGCUUCCACUCAUGUUGGAUGUUGGCUCCACCACACCCCCAGCCUCUAAGUUCAGUCAUAGCCACCAAAUGGAGUCCCUGCAUGAGCCCUUCUAUAUCCAAUCGCCAUCUACAGAAACUGCCUCUUGCUCCAAUAGUGCAAUGACAGGAGGACCAAUCAUAUCAGACRUWACRGAAAUGUCACAACCCACCAACAUGGCCAUUCAAAUGCAAACAGAGGAGACAAGGGAUAAGUGUAUGAUGCUGAUCAAAGAGGAACCAGUGAGCCCAGGGGUGCGAGGCCGGGGGGAGGGUGUUCCACUGGGCUCCUGYGAGGUGUGUUCUGAACCCCCUGUCCUCCAUGUUGCCAUGGUACAGUCCGUCCUGGAGGGCAGAGGGUCUGGAGCAGAGAGGAGGAGCAAGAGACCUGCUCUGGAAAGACCAGAAGUACCUGAUGCUGUAGAGAAUGUGGACAUGAGUCUGGAGGACCUGCAGCUUCUCCUGAGGACCCACCAGCAAAGUGUGGAGCCCACCGCUGCUGUCAUAGAUCCAUUCAAUUUCAACCUGCCCUUGAGUGAGUGGAACUUUAAUGAUAUGGAGUCCAACCUAAAAUCAUACAUGUUUCAGAGCCAGGAGGCAGAGGCUUACCCCAACGCUGGAUGUGAGGAACAGUAACGGCUUGACAGAUCAGCUGACACAGGCUAGUCCUGAAAAAUAAAG